AUCUCAUUCUUUUUUCAUCUCUGGCAGUAGCAACAGGCAACAGGUCGUGAGGUCGCGUGAAACGUGAAUGCUUAUUUUCAUAAGAAAGGACGAACGAAGAGGCAGUGAAAAUUAUAUGUGAAUUUGUUAUUGAAGUCGUACUUGAUUGCGGAGCCAACUGUAAAUUCAAAAUAAAUCGAAAUACACUCAACCAAUUUAUAUACAGCAAUAAAACGAUGCCUUCAGGAGAAAAAAAUAGCUAUGGACGCAUGGCAGAUUUUAAAUUUAGCAAUAGACAUGAAGAGGCUCGAAGGAGAAGAAAUGCAUUAUCAGUAGAACUACGUAAAGCCAAGAAAGAUGAUCAAUUAUUAAAGAGACGUAAUCUUGAUACUGAACAAGAUUUAUUAAAUUUAUGGAACAAAGUAGGUGAAAAUGUUUCGCCUACUCCUCUACUUUCUAUAGAUGAAAUUGUAGCUGGCAUAAACUCAUCAGAUGAAACGACACAAUUGAUAGCGACACAGACUUGUAGGAAGUUAUUAAGUCGAGAAAAAAAUCCUCCUAUUAACGAUAUAAUACAAGGUGGCAUAGUACCACGGUGCAUUGAGCUCUUGGAUUGCAAUCAUAACAUUCGCUUGCAGUUUGAAGCAGCAUGGGUAUUAACAAAUAUAGCUUCGGGUACAUCCGAACAAACACAAAAUGUUAUAGAACAUGGAGCUGUAUUAAAGUUGGUGAAACUACUCAAGUCCGUCUCGCCUUUUGUUAAAGAACAAGCAGUAUGGGCUUUGGGAAAUAUUGCUGGAGAUGGACCACAAGCGCGCGAUUUUAUUCUUAGACAUGAUGCUCUAUCUCUUCUACUUGAUUUAAUUAAACCUGAUAUCUCUGUGACAUUUAUGCGCAACAUUGUGUGGACUAUAUCUAAUUUAUGUCGAAAUAAAAAUCCACCUCCACCCUUUGAGCUGAUCAAACCUGCUCUCCCAGUACUUAAUCGUCUACUUAGUCAUACAGAUACAGAAGUACUUGCCGAUACUUGUUGGGCACUCUCUUACCUUACCGAUGGAUCAAAUGACAAAAUACAAGCGAUAUUAGAAACUGGCAUUAUAUCUAAACUUGUGGACUUGUUGAGAUCAAAGGAAGGAACCAUCCUUACUCCGGCAUUGCGUGCAGUUGGAAAUAUAGUGACAGGUGAUGAUAUUCAAACGGAUGCUGUAAUUUCGGCAGGAGGAUUACCGCAUCUCGGUGAUCUGUUACGGCAUCAUCGUGCUAACAUCGUGAAAGAAGCUGCUUGGGCGAUCAGUAAUAUUACAGCUGGUAAUACAGAACAGAUUCAACAAGUGAUAAAUGCUGGUUUGGUACCGCCAUUGAUAAAUGUUCUUGAGUUUGGAGAUUUUAAGGCACAAAAGGAGGCUGCAUGGGCUAUAACUAACUUGACAUCGGGUGGGACAAUCCAAAAUUUGGCUGAAUUAGUACAGGCGGGUGUAUUGCCACCUUUCUGUAAUUUACUGGAAACGAAAGAUUGGAAUAUUAUUAUUGUCGUCUUAGAUGGGUUAACUAAUAUCUUGCAUGCUGCACAAAAAAUGGGAGAAGUGGAAAGACUUGCUAUUAUGAUUGAAGAAAUUGGAGGAUUAGAUAAAAUAGAAGCUCUUCAACAUCAUCAGAAUGAGCAAGUUUAUCAAAAAUCUAUGGCUAUGAUUGAUACAUUUUUCUCUGAAAAGGAUGUUGAAGAAGUGACACUUACUUCUAAAGAGGAUAGUGAGGGACACUUUGUAUUUAAUGUAAACGCAUCAAUGGAUGAAUUUAAAUUUUGAACAUGUACAUCUUUGCAUCUGGAAAUGAAAUAUUGUUUUAGCGAUUCACGAAACGCGAAAAAGAAAGGAUUUGUGUUUUAAGCAGAUAAAUUGAUUAUUUAAUGAAUUAUAAAAAAUGAGCUUAAAUCCUCACACAUCAUUAUAAAAAAGAAAUUCUAACAACGUAUAAGUAAUUAUAAGAAUUUUAGAUACUUAAGUAUCGUACGUUUUAGACAUUUUUACACAUAAAUGAAAUCGUUGCCUAUUGUAUUAAUUUUGUAAAUUGGUAACUUCAGAGUUAUUGAUAUAAUUUCUAAAGCGAUAAAAGAAUGUUUUUUGUCAUAAGAAUAUAAUUUGAGAUUAGUUUUCUUUAUAUUAACUAUAAGAAAAAAAAAUCAUGUGGCUCUCAUCAUAUAUUUGUUUCUUCCUUCUUCAUAGGAGUAUAAAAAAUGAUCAUUGUAUGAUUAUAUGUUUUCUUUAUAAAUUCGGAUUAUUACUAGAUUAUUUUUUAUACGAUUACUAAUGGA